GCGAGCCUGAACCAGUCCUGGGUGAAGAGCUAUGAAGAUGUGCUGGAGAACAUCAAGACCAAGAAGGUCCAGGUGGUGGACGCCAGGUCUGGUGGCAGGUUCCAGGGUACCGACCCAGAACCAAGAGGAGAUAUACAGUCUGGGCAUUUCCUCGGAGCAAUCAACAUGCCCUACACAACUUUCCUGGAAUCUAAUGGAAAGCAUAAGAGCACCGAGGCCCUGACCAAGCUCUUUGAGAACGCUGGAGUGGACCCGAAAAAGCCGAUCUGGGCUUCCUGCGGUUCGGGAGUCACCGCCUGCCACGUUCUUCUGGCUGCCGACCGGCUUGGACACACCGAUCUUUAUCUCUACGACGGCGCGUGGGUGGAGUGGUUCAAGAGGGCUUCUCCAGAGCUCAUCAUCUCUGAGGGGGAGGGAAAGAAGGCCUAAACCAUUUUUAAAAUAAGCUAGGAGCCGGAUUAGGUUGCUGUUUGAAAUGGGACUAGUCUGUUUGCUGUGGAAAGUAAGAGUACAACACUUAACUUAUGCUGCAGGGUGUAUAUUUUCAUUUACUAAUGUUGGGAUGAUAGAGAAUGCUAUUAAAAAAACUUUUAACAUAAAUGAAGUGCUUUAUAAAUGUAAGUUAACAGAGGAAGAUGUAGGUUUUCUGCAGCUGAAGAGCAUUUUAUGAAACAUUUUGACAUUAUGCAGAUAGGACUUUUUUAACAGAUCUAUGUAUAAUUUCUUAUCUGUUUCUCUUCUGGUAUCAUCGGACAGCAGGGAUGUUACAUUCCUUGAUUAAUGUCCAUAUGUAAUUAUGCACGAUUUGCUUUUGUUUCUGAGACAUAAAAUAAAUAAAAUGUUAUCUUGGGUAAA